CUUUCCCCCAUUUCUCGCCGUACCCUGCAAGCCUAAACCUUUCUCUCUCUCUCUCUCCUCCAACCCUCAACGCCAUGUCCACCUCCCGCCGCCGCCACCACAAGCCGCCGCCAGCGGGGCGCGCCGUAUGGGUGCCUCGUGACGCCCAACCCGCCACCGUACGCGGCCUCGGCGGCGCCCCGCAGCAACGCCCUGCUCCUCCCAACCCUGCGGCGCCUCGUCCGCAGGCGGUGGGGCGCGCUGUAUGGGUCCCUCGUGCCGCGCCGCCAUCCACCGUACGCGACCUUGCCGGCGCCCAGCAGCAGCGCCCCGCUCCUCCGAACCCCGCGGUGCCCCAUCGGCAGGCGGCGGUAUGGGUACCUCGCGAGGCGCCGCCCGCCACCCUGCGCGACAUUGGCGUCGCCCAGCGGCAGCCCCUCGCUCCCCCGAACCCUACUCCCACCGAGCCCCGGUCCCACCCCGCAGUGCCUCGUGACGGCGGGGCGCCGCCGCAGCCCCUCACCCCUCCGAACCCCGCGGCGCCGCCACCGGACGCGGGCCCCGACGGCGAGGCGAGGGACUGGGCGGCGCUGCCGCUGGACGCCAUCUCCUGCGUCCUGCGGAAGCUCGACCACAUCGAGAUCCUCAUGGGGGCCGGGCAGGUGUGCCACUCCUGGCGCUGCGCCGCGCGCGACCACCCCGCGCUCUGGCGCCGCAUCGACAUGCGCGGCCACCCCGAGCUCGACCGCCAGGUCAACCUCUACAAGAUGGCGCAGGGCGCCAUACGCCGCGCACAGGGCCAGUGCGAGGCGUUCUGGGCCGAGUAUGCUGCAGACGACGACGUGCUCCGCCUCCUCGGCGACCAGGCACCAUCUCUGAAGAGUCUCAGCCUCAUUGCUUGUCAGGAUAUCAUGGAAUUCGAAGAGGAGAUAAAGAAGUUCCCUCUGCUUGAGGAGCUUGAGAUUUCACUCUUCACAAAUAUAGGUGGGAAGCAAGUGUUUGAGGAGAUUGGCAAAGCAUGUCCGGAGUGA